UGUUGUGUAGGUUAUUUUGUCGUUAACCUAAUUUCGUUCCGGGCUUGUUUCUUGUGUUUUCUGCGGCAAAUUUCCGGUUCAGUGUUCCAAACAGCGGCAAAUUGUCGAAAAUCCGUUCGCCAAUUGCGCCCCUUUCGAACACGGGGCCUUUGCUGCUGUUCGACCACAACACGAAACGACAAGUCAAGCAGCCAUUGCUCAUUGUAAAGUGAAGGUCGACGCUGAGUCCGUAAAGCUUGGUUAGGUUGUCGUUUUCCGCUGUUAAAACCCAUAUUUUGAAAAUAUGCUGUUGACGUGCGUUCACCAUGGAAGAUAAUUUCGCUCUAGCUUGGGACGAUUCGACGGCCGUCGUUCAAGGCGAGGAGGUAAUUUGCAGCAUCGAAAAUGAAAUUCUUCCCGCCGAAACGGAAGAAUUUACCGGUAUCCAACAGACGGAAGAGGAAGCCACCGAGGUAGAAACAGUCGCCGAACCCGAAGGCAAUAUCGUUUAUAUAACGGAAGAUAAUGUUCUUGUUAUGCAACCAACGCAAACAGUCAACUUCGAAGAUGAUUUCAUGGAAGUCAAUGAAGACGUUUCCGAAGAAGUUGCUGAAGAAAUCAGCGAAGAAGUUGUAACUGAACAAUGGGACGAAAGUUGUCCAGAAGAAAUUGUUGUCGGAUCAGAAGAAGCUGUCGGUGGCGAUGAUGAACAAGCAAAUGAAGAUUUCGAUAUUCCGUUGCCGACCGAUCAGGAUGAAUAUACGGCAUCCAGGCCAUAUCCCUGCGACUUUUGUAGUCGGCGAUUUAGGAAGAAGGCGAAUUUGAUGAACCACAUGGUGGCACAUCAGACUGAUAGACCCCAUGGGUGUAAUCUUUGCGGGGUUAGAUAUAUUAGAAAGUGUGAUUUGAUGAAUCACUUGAAAGUUCACGCGUAUAUUCCUGAAACGGACGGAUUGGAGGAAGAAGAUGUUCAACAGUUGGAUGAUUCUGAUGGAGAAAAGAGGCCCAAAAGGAGGGCUUUCUCAAGAAGGAAGAAGAAUAAAAUUAAGGAAGAAUACGAUGAUGAAGGUGAUGAUACUGUGGCUUCGAGUUCACGUUCGUACAAUUACGUCGAUGAAGACAUGCGACUUAUGGAGGCUAUGGAAAACAAUGUCAAAGGAGAUUAUACCGAUUAUAGCGAUUAUAUGACUGAGAAUCAGCCAGUGGAGGUCAGAUAUCCCAUUACUGACCCUCGAAAACCUUUUGUUUGUCAGCAUUGUGGUGUCGGAUUUGCUCGAGAGAAGGCCUUAGCUUCGCAUGCACGAAUCCAUGGCGGAGAUAGUCCUUUCGAGUGCCAGAAGUGCGGAGAGAUGUUUUGGGACGUGGCUUUAAUGCGCGAACAUCUCCGCAGCAAACACGGAGACAUUGAAGAUUUUGACGAUGACGAAGAUGAAGACUACUCAGAGGAAGAAACUAAAUAUGGAACUUUCUAUUGCUCGACAUGUGGUCUUUCCUUUCACCGACAAGAUAAUUUGAAGAGACAUCAAAGAGUGCAUAUUAAAGAGGAAUUUAUAAAUGAUCACGAGUUUGGCCAUAUUUGUAACGUAUGCGGUGAGUCCUUUCAGGAAGCUUUAGAUUUAUUGGCACAUGCAGAAGUACAUGCUCGAGGAUCAGAACACCGUUGCAUGAUCUGUGGAGAGGUGUGCAGUGACGAUCAGGCUGUUGCUGUUCACGUUCAAGCAAAACAUGGAAAGAAUCUCCCGCCAAACACUUGUAUGUUGUGUGGACGCACUUGCAAGGAUCGACGUACGCUGCUGAAACAUUCAUGGGAGCAUUCGAAAGAAAAAAGUUUUGCUUGCUCCAAGUGUGCUAAAACUUUCCAUAAUAAAGCACGUCUAAAACGUCACAUGUUGUCACACAGGAACAAAAUCGUAACGUGUGACGUAUGCGGAGAAGAAUUCCCCGAUGGUCGCUCUUUAAUGAAUCACAGACACAGUCAUAGUAGUCUGUCUGGACGACAAUUUCCUUGUUUGGAGUGUGGAAAGACGUUCGGAUCGCGGAGCUCGCAACAGAUCCAUAUAAGGAUCCAUACCGGGGAGCGUCCGUAUGGAUGUCGAUUUUGUUGGAAGGCUUUUGCUGACGGGGGGACUUUAAGAAAACACGAAAGAAUUCACACGGGAGAGAAACCUUAUGCUUGUGCCGUCUGUCCCAGAGCUUUCAACCAAAGAGUUGUAUUAAGGGAGCACAUUAGGUCACAUCAUUCUGGACCCGAUCCCAAAUACACCCACAGUGUGACUCCUUAUUGUUGUUCUGUGUGCUCAGACAUGUUUGCCACUUCUCAGGAUCUUAUUGUGCAUUUGAUCCAUCAUUGCGAUUUGAAUACAGCAAUGAAAAGGCAACCACAAGUCGGCCCGAGAAAGUAUAAAAGGAGAAGGAAAUUAAAACCACACGAACUUGAAAUGAUUUCAAAUAAACCCGAUGAAGAAGUUGAGGAGGAAGAAGAACAACAUUACACCGACUCAGAAGACGAAAGGGAAUUAAGAAAGAAAAAUAACAAAAAGAAUAAAAAAGGUUCGCCUAAACCGACUUUGAACGAAACGUACACAGAUUUGUACAACAGUUGUUCUUCUGCUAUUGAGAACAUAAAUUCUAUAGUAAAUUCAAAAUCAGCUUCGAAAUCAAAAAGAAAACUCAAGGCUGAGCCCCCGGUUCCGUCAAGACCUAAAAUGAUCCAUACUCAAAAAACCCGCGUUCCUGUCGAAACAGGUGAAGAUGGAAAAAUUCGACACAAAACAAAAACUCUAGUGACGCGGACCCAACCGACUGAGUUGAAGUCAGCUACUGGCGAGAGGAUAAGGCCUCGAACUAAAAACGUCAGUUAUCACAUUCUUAAUUCGGAGAAACUCCCAUUAGCUACGUUCCCUGAGGACGAUACAGAGCAAGCGGUCAAUAGUUUACUGAAAGAGGAUCAGAAUUUCGAUCAGAGUAAUGGAAUUGUGUACAUGGAACAAGCCGAGACGCCACCGGAAGUGGCUUCUGAACAAAUCGUCGAGACAGAUAACGGUCCAGUGCCAACAAACAUAAUAAAGGUAUCGUCGACACCACCGCGAUUGCAGAGCUUGCGACCGGGACGUACUAUUAUAGGACCGGGGAGUAAAGUCGUGCGAUUGGUUAAAGGAGGGAUGAUUAUAACAAAGAAUAAAAAGACAGAGCCGGAGAACAUACUUCCCGAUCUUGAGAACACAGAAAAGGAGGAAAUGAGGGUCAAGCAAGAGGUUGACCCGAGUCCGUUGCACGAAUUAGCUGAAUUAUCGAUGCAACAUGCGCAAAACAUGUUCAAAUGUGAAAUGUGCAGUGCUGUUUUUGACGAUAGAGCCAAACUGUUGGAUCAUGUGCCGAUUCAUAUAUGAUUGUAAAUACGUUUUGUUUUUGCCCUGUCUCGAUGAAGAAGUUUGUAUUAAGUUGUAUUAAGUGAUUCAGGCCCAUACAUUUUUACGAGGUUUCUUAUUUGAUAGUUAAGAUCGGACGGGAAUUGCGAGCUGUACAACUCUUCAAUAUAUUUUUGUAUUAUUUUCUAUGGAGGAAAAGUUUUUGCAGUGACACGUUUUAAUAUUUCUUUAAGUAAUUGCAAACUAUUGUAGCAAACUAAGAUGUAUUUUAAUCUCUUUGUAACGAUUUUACUAGUUUUUAUGUAUAUAAUAGAGAUAUAAUGCACUAGCAUGUAGAAACUGUAAGUUGUAUGUUAUUCAUGGAAAUAAAUCAUUGGUUAGGCAUAA